GGAUCCCCUGUAUAAAAAAUUUUGUUUAGUGUUGCUUUUCUUGGCUGAGACCGGCUAGUCCUCGAUCGUGGGGGAGCAUUGCCACUGGUAAAGAAGCCACAAGACAAAAGAACGGUAAUCACGGCGAUAUCGUUGGUGAAUUGGUUAGAGAGAGAGUGUGUAAUUGCAAUGCUGUGAUUGCCACGAUCAUAUUCCGUAGUAGUAGAAGUUGUAUGGAAUCAUGGCUCAGUCAGCGACAGUCAGCACAUCUCGGAAGUCGCCUGCCGGAUAUAACAACAACUUCUUCAAAUCAAAAACUACACAAUUACUACUAGAAAAUAAUAUGAAAUACGAAACCCUCUACCAAUUGUGAAGCACCCAUUACUGUCUCUGAAGAAUUAGUCUCAAUGGCGCUGACGCAGCCCCUGCGGUGCAGGGUCCGUCCUCCGUCGGCCUCCCAUACUCCAGCGUGCUCGUCACCAGCGUCGUGUUCGUCUCCGUUAUUACUGCUGUCUCUCUCGUUUCGAGAUCGAUCUGGCUUGAUUUCUCCGGGUGCUCGUGCGUCAGCUCAGCGCCGUGUUCUGCGGACUUCAGCUGCCUCAUUACGUCUUAAAUACUCUCCAUCCAAUGCCCGCCUCCCUGUCCGUCCGACUCCGUUAACAACAACCACUCCUACAACAACAACCACUCCCACACCUACCUUUCCUAUCCAUACAACAAAAACUACUCCCCUCAUGGCAACACAAACAAGAGGCCAUGGCAGCCACGGCGGCCACAGCCACCAUCACCACCACCACGACAACGUCUACCUAACCUCGACCAACACCUUCGACGCCGGCGUCCGCAUCACACGCAUUGGCCUCAUCGCCAACCUCGCCAUGGCAAUUGGCAAGUUCAUCGGCGGCUACGUCUUCCAUUCCCAGGCCCUGAUCGCAGACGCCUACCACGCGCUCACGGAUCUGGUUUCCGAUUUCCUGACCCUCGGGACGGUCGCGUGGUCGCUGAAGCCGCCCUCCGAACGAUUUCCGAACGGAUACGGGAAAAUUGAGAGUAUUGGUGCGCUGGGUGUUAGUGGGCUGCUGCUUUGUGGUGGUGUGUUUAUGGGAUUGAAUGCUGGGCAGGUGUUGCUGGAUCAGUUUUAUCCUGACGCUGCGGACGCGCUGGCGCACUCGGGGAUGUUGGGACAUGGGCAUAGUCAUGGAGUUGAUGUGUCGGGGCCUAGUGUUCAUGCUGCUUGGUUGGCGGGUGGUUCUAUUGUGAUCAAGGAAUGGCUCUAUCGUGCUACUAUGAAAAUCGCCGAAGAACGCAAGUCGUCCGUCCUCGCAUCGAACGCCGUCCACCACCGCAUCGAUUCCCUCACCAGUAUCGUGGCUCUGUUCACCAUCGGCGGUACAUACGUGUUCAAGGACGCCUCCUGGCUGGAUCCUGUGGGCGGCCUGUUGAUCUCUCUGAUGGUUAUCAAGGCAGGAUGGGGCAACACCCGGACCUCGUUGCUGGAACUGGCCGAUACAACCGUGGACGAUGAUAUCAAGGGGUCUGUUCGCAAGGCGGCCAAGAAGGCUCUCGCUCAGAUCCAGGACAAGGCUGUUGAGGUCCGUGACGUCCAGGGUAUGAAGUCUGGUCAGAACUACCUCAUGGAGAUUGAAUUGGGCGUGCCUGGAUCGUGGUCCGUUAAGCAAUCUCGGGAGGUCGAGAGCGCGGUUCGGGAGGCAAUUGGAGCGGGUGUCAAUAGCGUCAAGCGUCUUAAGGUCCGCUUCGUGCCUUCGGAGCAGGUGGAAGCGAACUUUACGGAGGAGUUUAUUACUCCUGAGACCAGCGCACGAGCUAACCCGGAGGCUGGUGACGACCACGAGCAUGAGCAUGACCACGAUGACGAACAUAACCAUGACCAGGAGAAUUCCAAGAGGCGUUGAACUGUUUUGGCUUUGAUUUCAUUCUAAAUAUUUAUUAUCAUUGGGAGGAGCAGGCAUUGUCAUUUUGGCAUAUGGCAUAGACCAUUACAAGAUACCCUGGGUGGAGAUGAGCAGGAUGGAGGAUGGAAGGGUACAAACAAGACUGUGUUUUGUUGUUGAAUUAGAACAUUCUUGGUUAGAUAUUGUGCAA